AUGCCGCUCACGACGCCAUCGGUUUUCCCGCCCGACUCGGCGGACCUCAUGAAAUUCCCGAGUCGGCGAAGUGUGGUGCACAAUACCAAGGGCAUUGUAUCCUGUACCCAGCCCUUGGCUGCCAAGUGCGGCCUCGAUGUUCUGAACGCUGGUGGAAACUGCGCUGACGCUGCGGUGGCAGUUGCCGCUGGCCUGAACAUCACCGAACCCGGUUCAACUGGCAUCGGUGGCGAUGUGUUCUGCCUGUACUAUGACGCAAAGACGCAAAAGAUAUCGGCCAUGAACGGGUCAGGUCGAUCAGGAAACAAGUGCACACUGGCCACCAUUCGUAGCUCGCUGGGUAUCAAGGACGGAGAGACCGGCAGCAUCCCCAUGACGAGUGUGCACUCAGUCACCGUACCCGGUGCUCCAGCGGGCUGGUGUGAUACUGUGGAUAGAUUUGGAAGCGGCAAGGUCACUAUGGAUCAGAUUCUCGCGCCGGCGAUCGAGCUGGGCGAAAAGGGGUUCCCCGUGUCGGAGCUCAUGGGCCAUUAUUGGAGUGCGGCGGAAGAGACUAUUCGACAAGCGUCUCCAAAUUUUCGGGAGAUGCUCAAGAAUGAUCCGAGUGCACUGGGCGGCGUACGGGCCCCGAGAGCAGGAGAAAUCAUGAAGAACCCUACGUUGGCCAAGACGUUCCGCACGCUGGCAACUGAGGGUAAGAAGGGCUUCUAUACUGGCCGAAUCGCCGAGGAGUUCGUGAAAGUGGUGCAGGAUCUCGGAGGGCAUAUCGAGUUGGAAGACCUAGCGCAUCACCUCGAGCAAGGCAGCGAACCUGUCGACCCGAUCUCCUUGAGAUUCCGGGGCCAGGGUGUCGCUGAGGCCCUACGAGGCAACAUACUGGGUGGCGACAGCAAGGACCUGGACCUGGGUCUCGAGCUGUGGGAGCACCCGCCCAACGGACAGGGCAUCGUGGCGCUGAUGGCGCUGGGCAUCAUCCAGGAGCUGGAGCAGGCGGGCAAGAUCCCAACCUUCAAGCCGCAGGACUUCAACACGGCGCCGUACCUGCACGCGAUCAUCGAGGCGCUGCGGAUCUCGUUCGCGGAUGCGAGCUGGUGGGUGACGGACCCGAACGUCGAGAAGGUACCGACGGCGGGCAUGAUCUCGAAGGAGUACCUGGCAGAGCGGGCGCGCCUGUUCGACCCGGCCAAGGCGUGCCCCGUGGUGCACCACGGCAGCCCGGCGCUGCAGAGCAGCGACACGGUCUACUUUGCCGUGUCGGACGCCGAGGGCAAUGCCAUCAGCUUCAUCAACAGCAACUACGGCGGCUUCGGCACGUGCAUCAUCCCGCAGGGCUGCGGCUUCACGCUGCAGAACCGCGGCGCCAACUUCAGCCUCGACGCCGGCCACCCCAACGCCCUCGCGCCGCGCAAGCGCCCCUACCACACCAUCAUCCCCGCCGCCGUCACCAACAUCCACGACGGCAGCCUGCACAGCGUCUACGGUGUCAUGGGCGGCUUCAUGCAGCCCCAGGGCCACGUGCAGGUCUUGCUGGGCCAGAUCGUCGGCGGACUGAACCCGCAGCAGGCGCUCGAUGCGCCUAGGGUGUGUAUCGGCGCCGGAAUGCCGGAACAUGGAAAGGUGUUCGACCCGACGGUCUCGGUGGAGGAGGGUAUGAGCGAGGAGACCAUCGAGGGCCUGAGGAAACUCGGACACACCGUCAAGGUUGUCAAGGGUAUUGGCCGAGGUCUGUUCGGGCGAGGGCAGAUCAUCCGGUGGAGCGUGGAUGCUGUUGAGAACAUAGGAGUGUGGUCGGCGGGUAGCGAUAUGAGGGGUGACGGUGCUGCAUACCCUCAAUAG